AUGUCUUCUCCAAAAGUUGUUGUUAUCACAGGAGGAAACGGUGGACUUGGCUAUGAAACCGUCAAGGCUCUUCUGAAAGCCGAGAAGCCUUAUCACAUUUUCCUGGGCAGUCGCUCCCCGGAAAAAGGCAAAGCUGCCAUUGCGACUCUUCAGAAGGAGCAUCCCAAUGCUACCAAUACCAUUGAAGCUAUCAAACUGGAUCUGAUCUCCGACGAGGACAUUGAGAACGCCUUUGAGCACAUAAAGACUACCAAGGGCCACAUUGACAUUUUGAUAAACAAUGCGGGUGCUACAUGGGACAUUGAAUACAUUGGUGGAAAUGUCUCUCUCCGAGAGGCUUUCAAUCAGGCUUACAACACAAAUGUCACCGGCACCAAUGUUUUGACUGCGACAUUUAUCCCUCUGCUGAUAAAGUCUGCUGAGCCUCGUCUGAUCUUUGUCGCCGGUCUUUCUAACCUUACCCAGGCAGCUGAGAACUACUUCCCCACACCUGAGCUGCCAGCUGGGUGGCCUAAAAAGCUCGAUUUCGAGACCAUUGGAUACCGCUGUAGCAAGACGGCGCUUAAUAUGUUGAUGUUGGACUGGAACCACAAGCUGAAGGCGGACGGCGUCAAGGUUUGCUGCUUCGGUCCGGGAAUGAUGGCCACCAAUCUGGGCGGCAACCCUGAAAUAGCCAAGGCUGUGGGUGGCCUGGACCCAGCUAUCUCUGGAGGCUAUUUGAAGCAAGUUGUUAAGGGUAAGAGAGAUGCCGAAAUGGGCAAGAUUAUUGUGAAGGAUGGUAUCUGCCCUUGGUGA